AUGGCCCUGCUAGACCCAGUAUCAAUGUCAUCACCAGCAAAUAAGCCCAAAGCUGGUGAAGUCUCUAAACCCAAGGAUGGAGAGAUGAGGACGCAAGCUGUUCGGAUAAUAGCAACUCCACAAGCCCAGGUCGUCAGGCACGUCCAUGGUGUCUUGCUCCUCUCCUUAUUCUAUUUACGAUUCAAUGUUCUGGUAGUAGAUCCCGUAACGGCCAUGUCAAGCGCCAUCCCUAUAAUUGCGGCCAUACAAAUUGCAUACGCAAUCACAUGUCUGCCAGCGGCUGGCUCCCAGACUUCAAAGCCGGCCAAGAAAUCCCGACCCGGAGAGAAGAAGAAGCCCGGGGUAGAGGGGGUAGGGCCAAACAUUGCUGUUACAAUAUUCAUUGCACUUGUACUGUCGGGUAGUGCUUCUCUAGGAUUACAUGUCAUCCUUGUUCUCUUUGGAGCCCCUUUCUUGACUCACGUGGCUCAUACCCUUCUCUGCUCGACGCAUCUCGCUAUCCUGGGAUUCUUCCCCUUGUUCUAUUCACGUGGUGUGUCGAAUACGGAUUGGCUCGAGAUUUUGAGUGCUCGUGCGCCGUUCGACGAAGCUUUUGGAGGCUUGGUGGGUGCUUGUGUGGGUGCUUGGCUCGGCGCGGUUCCUAUCCCCUUAGAUUGGGAUCGUGAAUGGCAGAAGUGGCCUGUUACUAUCCUAUGUGGAAUUUAUGCGGGCUACUUGGUUGGGAAAUUGAUAGGGGGGACUGUGGCUUUUGGAAGGAGAUUCGGUUGA